CAUUGCAGUGUCAAGUCUAUAGUCACGUCUGUCAGUGAGUAGCAGGAAAAUUUGUAAACAACCUUGUUUUCGUGAAAAAUGAACACGUAGCAGUGAUUUAUUGAGAUUUCUAAUACCAAAACAGUUUUCAAAAACAUUACCCAAAGUCAAUAUGACGAAAUUAAUGCAGUGGUUAGCCGGCCUUUUCGCUUUUUUGGCGAUUUACAUUCCUCUUGUAACCGGCAUGGUUGACAUUGAGUGCCUCCGUAAUUUCCAAUACGAAGUUAAAAUUUUGCCAAUUGUGAUCAUUGCCCUAUUUGGGAUUCAUUCAGUUAAUGUGGUUCUGUAUCGAACUUUCACCAUUCGGGAUUGCAACGAAGCUGCUGAGGAGCUACAGAAAGACAUCAAAGAUGCCCGAAAGGACUUAAUAGCUAAAGGGUUUAAAUUCCGCGACUAAAACUCUCUGGAACACUGUGGAAUAAUAAAAGAAAAAAUAUGUUCAAAUGUAACUGUAAUUGAAAAAAUUGAGGUUUUCAAUGAAUAUCAAUUUAAAUUAAACUUCAAGCGAUCUUUCAAUA